AUGUUUCUAGCGCCUUUCAUAAGGGAUGAUCCUGAGCAACUUCCAUUUAAGGACUUCAUCACCAUUGAGCUUACAAAACUUGGAGAGGACUGGCUGCCAAAGAAGGCCACAAGCACGACUCCAUUUGAUGAACAACUUGGCCAACCUUACUUCAUGUGUCAAGCGGCUUUUAGGCAUGGUGUGAGAGAUGGAGGCAUGUACCCAACAACAAUGAAGUUUCCAGCAACAAUAAAGCGCACUUGUCCUUGGGCAUUGGAGAUGCCAGAUUAUGAACCAACCCACCAUGAGGCUGCAAGAGGCAACAAUGAUGACGAAGAUGAUGGCCAUGAGAAUGUCGACCCUGUUGGUGCCAAUGGCGAGCAGAGUGAAGAUGGCGGUGAGAACAAGAUUCUUCGAGACGAAGUCGAGCAAGAGAACCAGAACGUCCAAGAAGUUCUACCUCGACGAAAGCGAGCAAAUCCACAUCUGGAGGAAUUAGUCAACAGUGAUGAUGAUCGUCCAAGACGUCCCCGUAACCGAGGAACUUCUCGAGCAAUUCUCCUUCACACAACCGGUCAAGUUGCCUUCAUUCUCCCGAAUGACCCCCAUUGGAUGUCCUGCCUUAUGAGAAAAGAAAAUGACGGUUUUCGUGAUAGCGAGCGUGCUGCAAGGGUUUUGCCAGGGUAUGAUAGCUUUACUGACAUCAUACCAAAUCUCAUAGACGACGACAUCCGCAACACAUUGUCUGGGUAUCGGUUCCGAUCUCUAUCGGCGAUACAUGUUCUACUUGAGCUUUAUUGCCCAACUAGGGGUGUUGUCAUCGAUUGCACAGCAGGUAGUGGUUCGAUGGUCGAAGCAGCACGUGGCUCUGGUAGAUCGGUGUUUGCGAUUGAAGAAUAUGAGUUCUUCAAACGUCAUCUUCGAGGUUUUCGUCCUUCUCUAUCAGUUGCUUCUAGGAGUGUAGCAGAUAGCAACAGUGAUAGUGUCAGUGACAGAGACAGUGUCAGUGUCAGAGAUGACAAAGUUACAGUCCACGAAAUGGAACUCUAUCGUCAUUAUGUACAUGUACAUCUGGUCGUGUCCCUCCUCUUUGUCUCUCUCAUUUCCUCCAGUGGAGUUCCAAACCCAUCUCGACCAGUGCAAUGCAACGUGAGAGACUAUGGAGCUCUUGGCAAUGGAUCAACGCUCGAAACCUCCUCGAUCCAGUCGGCAAUCAAUGCUUGCCACUCUCGCAGCAACAAACUCGGCUCCAAGAGUGUCGUCUGGGUUCCUCCAGGCUCCUACCUCACUGGAACACUCUUCCUCAGAUCCAACAUGACGCUCCACAUCGACCGUGGCGCCAAGAUCUUGGGAAGCUCCAGGCAGAUGGACUACCCUCCCGAGAAGGAUCGAUGGUAUGUGAUUCUCGCCGAGGGCGUAGAGAAUGUGGGGAUCACUGGCGGUGGCGAGGUCAACGGCCAGAGCUCCAAGUUUGUGGUGAGAUAUGAUCCAAAGAAGAACAUCAUGACGAGCUGGAACGUCACUGGGAACUGCCUAGGCGAUGAAUGCCGCCCCAGAUUGGUGGGAUUUCUACGCUCGACCAAGAUUCGCGUCUGGAACAUCGAUCUCCGGCAGCCGGCAUACUGGUGCUUGCAUCUGGUCAACUCAAACUUCAUCCACAUCCACGACAUCUCAAUCUUGGGCGAUUUCGACACGCCCAACAACGAUGGUAUCGACAUAGAUGGAUCCAACAACACGGUGAUCGAGCGCUGCCGGAUUGACACGGGCGACGAUGCAAUCUGCCCAAAGACCACGUACGGACCGCUCGUCAACCUCACCGUCCGGGACUGCUGGGUACGGACAAAGUCGUGCGGGGUCAAGCUCGGCAGCGCCACCUUCUUCGACUUCCACCACCUUCGAUUCUCAAACUUGAUCAUCGUUGACUCGCAUCGCGGACUUGGGAUCCAGCUCCGGGACGCCGGGAGCGUCUACGGCGUGAUCUUCGCCAACAUUGUGGUGUCCACUCGAUACUAUGAUCCGUCGUGGUGGGGGAGAGCCGAGCCGAUCUAUGUGACGGUGUGUCCCAGAGACGAAUCCACGCGGGUGGGAUCGGUCCACUCGAUCGAGUUUCGCAACAUCACUGGUCGAUCUGAGAAUGGGAUCUUUCUCGCGGCGUCUGGGAAUGGAGCUGUGAUUCACAGCGUGAAACUUGUGGACGUGGAUUUGAAAAUCGAGAGGUGGACGAGCUAUAGCGGAGAUGGAGGGAUGCAGGACUUUAGACCGGGAUGCCAGGGUCUUAUCUCCCACGACAAGAGAUCGGGAAUGUUUGUCCAGAGGGCGCAUGCCCUGUCGCUACAGAACGUCAGCUUUACGUGGGUGACGAGCAGUGGCGGCGGGGAAGAAGCUCCUAUUGAAUUUGGUUCCAGGACACCGGAGGACAGUAUUUCUCUCGUCAACUUUGCGAACGAUUUCCUGGCUUCAUAGUAACACUCCCAAAUCUAUUAAUAAGUUCGAUCGAGCAAGCUUCGAUCAAACAUCGAUGAAA